CCAAAACAAGGAAAUCAGUGAAGCAGUUUUAAUCAAGAAGUUGAGAAGUCAAGUCGCAAAACUAGCAAAAGACUUGGCUAAUGUUAGACAAAAUCAGAAUGGCCAAGCCAAGUCACCUCAACAAGAGACUGAGAAAGAAUUGAUUCAAGUCAUUGAUGGGUAUAUCGAAGGAAGGAUUGUCGAUCCAACUGCUUGUGGUAUAGACAGCCCUCACAAAGUUCGUGCUUGCCUGGCGUACCUCAAGAACCUGCUUGUACGUAGAACACCAAGACUAUCUGAGGAUCCCACAAGCUCUGAUGAAAAAGACAGCGGUGUAGGAAUGAGCUAUAAUGAACCUUUAAUAGCAGUCAGUAAUGAUAAUACUGAAGAAGAGCCGAGUAGUCCUACAAUGAUAGGAACUGAUAGUGGAGGAACAAGUGAAGAAUCAAUCCCCAGUCCCCUUCCUGUCACCCAAACUGAGGUUGUCAUGAAGCAGCGCAGAGAUGCCCAGCUAAAUACCCCCUCUUUCAAACCCCCUCAAAAAUUCUUUCCGACGAUCAGCACCGAGACCACAAGUUGUUCCCCUGAACAGAAAAUAAAUGAAAACACAGAAAAGGGAAGUCGUAGUGUUAACACGCUGAGGGAAACAGACAAACAAUUGAUUCUUUUGGAGCUAGAGAUCGAGAAAGAGAACUUGAUUCAAAAGAGUAAGUUACUGAAUACAGCACUUGCAAAUCAGAAGGCACGCGUUGUCAUCAUGGAGAAACAGGGCUGCCCGAUGGAUGAACUUGAUAAUGAGAGACUUGCAGAGCAGCAACUGAGAAGGAAACAGGCUGAAGUUGAAAAAUUAUUGUCAAAUAUUAUGAAGAACAUUCUUGAUACUAAAUCCAUCAAUACCGCUAAUGGUGUUACCGCUGACCAGAAUAUCGAUGGAUCGGGGAUUCAAGGUCAAAGUUCCGAGAUUGAUCCGCAAGUUUACCAACGUCGCAAGUUAGAGCUUAAAGAACAUUCUACGAGGCUUCGGCUGCUGACCUGUAGGCAAAAACUCGAUCGUGGGCUCAUAUCCACAGGAAGCCCACAAACAGUUUCAAAAGAGACAGAAUCCAAUCCAUCUGAGUCAUGUGGARGCGAAAGAAACACAAGGGAAACAAGCCCCUUGAACUCAUCGGAUGAAUCUGUAUCUGUCAAAGUGAUCGACGUCACGUCCAGGAAUGAAAGACGUCCGUCCUUUAGGUCACGUGGAAGACUCCCUAGUGCUCGGGCCCAGUCUUCCAUGAGCACAAAGGCAACAACAACGACGGAAAAUAAGCGAAAAAGCAAAUUUGGUGUUUUGAAUUUUAGAUCUGGAUCAAACAGGCAACCCAGAGGACUACAAGUAAAUUCCCAAAGAUCUGCCAGGAAAUCACACAUGAAUUCUAACAGGCAAUCCUAUGCGUCGCCUAGCAACGGGAGAACCAGUCAACAAUCCCAUGCGUCGCCUAGCAACGGGAGAACCAGUCGACAAUCCUAUGUGUUACCUAGCAAAGGAAGGUUUAGUCGGCAGUUCCGGGUAUCUCCUAGCAACAGCCAAAGCACUUCUCCAUCUGGAGGAAAUCAAGCCUACGGGAAUCCUGUGGAUCGCUCACGGCUGAUGAGACCAGUUGGAAAUCCAGACGCCGUACAAAGAAUUGACGGAGCAACUGUUAUUGGGCCUGGGUGUUUACGGACUCGCCGCCCUGCCACGUGCUCUCCCGCCCUCGUGACGAACAAGCGACCAAUAAAAAGAUAUCCUCGACCUGGUUCAAGCAGUGUGCAUUAUCAGUUUGAUCAAAGCAAAGGCUUCAUUGUCCGCACAAACGAAGACGUGUAUCGCGCUUCGAACUUUCGACAGCCCGUCCAAGAUGACCUAGGUGUCCAGUUUCUUGACAUUAAAGGAAAUGUUAGUCAACAGUCGUCACGAGGCACUUCUCCUGUCAGUCCUAAAAGGGAUCUGGCUCUAGAACAGGAAGGUGACGUCAUUUCUAUGUCACAUGAUAGGGAGAGGUUGCCUCCUAUUGUUUCUGCAGUUGCAAAAGACGAAGAAGAAACAAUGGAGUCACAUUUGCAAAGUCAAAGAACUCAAAUGGAUUCCGAAAAAGCUCCAGAAAAGGAAUUUCUUAAAGGAACGGAAUCCGACACUCCACAAAAGCUCCUUAAUGAUAAUGAGCCUAAGAGGGAACUUAUGGUUCAACGUCUCGUGCCCCCUACUGUUAUUAGUGCUCGGAAGCAACAGAUGGAGAGAGCGAGGCGCAUUCGACAAGUUACAAGUGCUGUUGAAGUGAUUCAGGAUGCUUAUAGACGUUAUAUAUGGCGCAAAACCAAAGCCAUUCAACCUGUUAGUGGAUAAAAUUCCCCUUAUUAGAUAAAUACCUCUUUAUUUUUAUUACUGAAGACUCGUCUGUACAGGCUUAGCCUCGUUUAAGAGCAAAUUUCAACUUUCAAAAAGUCAACUUUAAUGUAAAGUAUGUACAGCUUGAACAAUACCAAUGCUUUGAAAUCACACGGUUAUUUAAUGAUAUCUGUGAAUAGCUGACUUCAAAACGAGGCAAAACCUGUGCAAAUGAGUCUGUGGUCUUCAAAAACAGCGGUUUGCAUCGAAUGCGAAACUGGGGUACUAAUGAUAUGUUGUUUGCAACUGCGAUACGCUAAUUCCCGGCAUAGCGGUGUCAAAUGUUUGUGCAUGCGUAAUGUGAAGAUUUUUUAUCAGGGCGAUCACAAAAUUCUUCUAUCUGCGCAUGAUCUAUAAAAUAUUGAAUAGACCGAAAUUAUGAAUAUUAAUAUAUCUUAAGCUUUUAAAUUUUUGAAAAGAGUUUAUAGAAGGCAAGAGACUAGGUCGAGUCAGCUGAGCAAGCGCUGUGUUCAGUUCAUUACAUGAGUUGGUUUCUGGUUCUUAGGAUUUCCCAGAGCCGGAGAUUUCCGUGAAAUCAGUACUGGUCUGUGUAGAAGAGUGUGCAUGCGCUGUGAAGACAUAGUGCAAAGAUUUUGGCUCCCGAUAUUUUAUGUUUUCCCACAGGAAGCCCAAGCAAGGCAUCUUCGUACAUUACUGUAAGAAUAGAUCUAGGAGAGAAGUUAAAAUGGUACGGCCUUUUGAAUUCCAUAUACGUCAUGCUUUGCGGCCGUGGCUCGUACUUAGUCUCCCCAACUCGUCCCAGUCCCCGGCCAACUGUUUCUAUUGCGAGUUCUGGUUAAAAUUAUUUGUAGCUUCUUUUCCAAUCUUUAUUAGUCUUAUUUUUUGUCCUAUGUUCACUUCUAAGCCGGAAGUAGUCAUCAAAUGACUCGUACACUUCCGGCGUAAAUGCACGACCAAGUCGAUUAUUUAUAAACUAAACUAUUCAGUAGUAGUAAUCUCAUAAAAUCGAGUUUUAAACUCUAUAUCUGUACCGCAAAAUAUCGGAGUAAAAUUAUUUGUCGGAAGUCAAA